UGAGAGAGAGAGAGAAAGAAGACAUUCAACCACGGUAAAAUAACGCGGCGCCUCUUCCCUCUCUUUUACAAGGCAAGGCAAGGCAAGGGAAGGGAUCCAAUCCAAUCCAAUUCCAACCACCGCUCGGGCUCGCCUUGCCGACAAGAAGGAGAGGAAGAGGAAGAGGAGGAGCAAGGAGGAUACAGCAGCAAGCCAUGGAUCCGAGCCAGAUGAUGUUCCCCAUGUGGGCCCCUCCUCCCGCCGCAGUGCCUCCCCCCUCCGAGGACCCCUCCGCGCCCUUCCUCCCUCCGCCCAACGCCCAGCUCGCCCCCAACCGCGGCUGGAAGCGCAAGAACCCCAGCUCCGCCGCCGGCUACCAGCCUCCGGCCCUCGGCGACCUCCAGGUGCAGAACCGCGCAAAGGCUCGCCGCUGGUUCAAGAAUCACAACCCCAGCCAGAACAACCCAAACCACCACCACAACAACCGUAAGUACUUCUUCCCCAAGAACAAGGCCGCCGCGCCUCGCAACACCACCUCCUUCAUCAUCCGUGCCAAGCGCGCUGGUGGCAUCGCGUCCCUCGUGUCUCCCUGCCCUGUCACGCCCGCCGUGCUCCCCACCCCGCGCCUCUCCCCCUCCCGCGAAGGCCUCGCUGACAUGGCUCAGGCACAGUGGGGCGUCGACGGGUACGGCUCAAUGAAGGGCCUCAUCCGCCUCCGCAGCUCCCCCCAGCCCGCCGACCCCAACUCGUCUGAUGACGAUGAUGAGGGAAACUCCAGCGGCAGUGACGUCGAGGAGCACGUGGAGGUGGAGCGCCGGCUUGACCAUGACCUCAGCCGCUUUGAGAUGGUGUACCCAGCAAGAGGGGAGGAUCCUGGGGGCUACGUGUUUGAGGAGGACGACGAGUAUGACCAGGAUGCACAUGUGGCUCGCCUGGAGGAGGAGAACCUGACGCUAAAGGAGAGGCUUUUCCUCAUGGAGCAGGAGGUGGGUGACAUGAGGCGCCGUCUGGAGGCGCUUGAGGCGCGGUUUUCACUAAAUGAUGGUGUUGGCGGCGGCGGUGGUGAGAACGCAGUUGAAGAAGCUCCUCCUCAGAAUGAUGCAAACAGGGAGAAUAGCAGCGAGGACAAUGCGGAGCGGGUUGAUGUGGGAUCAGAGAAAAGUGGAGAAAAAAAUGCAGACAAGGGUGUAGUGGACUUAGAGAACAUUGGAGAAAACAAUGCAGACAAGGGUGCUGUGGAUUCAGAGAAGAAACACAAUGCAGAGAAGGGUGCUGUGGGUUCGGAGAAGAGUGGCGAACACAAUGCAGGGAUGGUUGAUUCAGUGUCAGAGAAGAUCAUCGGUGAGGACGAUGGUGAAGUGAUGAGGCUUGAUGCUUCUUUGCAGUGAGGACUGAUGGAAGAUGGACAACGGAAUUCAGCAGUGAUUGUUGGUACUGUACAUACUUGUCAAUGACGGGUUGAAGCCAUGCGACAUGGACUGGACUUGUUUUGGAGACUGACAUGUUGCGUAACAGUGAAUCUUUGUGUUGUUCCUGGACACGGGAAACAGCCUGUGCCAUUUUGAGUUUAUUUUCUUGUUCCUUCUAUAUCUUUUAUAAUGAUAAUGUGGAACCUAGCCGCUGCUGGAAGUGGUAGAUAUGGAGGAAGAACUGUGAUGAUGAAUUUGUUAUCAUAACUGUUGUUGUCGUGACUGUAUCCGAUGGUGUUCUGGUGAUUGUUUUCUGAUGCCGUGCUGGUUGACC